AUGGCCGGCGGAACCGAGGGCAAGAGCAAACGCCCAUCCAACACAGCCUUCAAGCAGCAGCGCCUGCGCGCGUGGCAACCGCUGCUGACGCCCAAGAGCGUGUUGCCGACGUUCUUCAUUAUUGGAAUUAUAUUUGCGCCCAUUGGCGGGUGGCUCCUGUGGGCAUCUGAGCGCAUCAACGAAAUGCGCAUUGACUACACGCACUGCAGCGACCUCGGCAGCGCACAAGUACGACUUCCGCAUCCAUGGGGUCGACUCGUCAUCGAUUCAAAAGGCCGCAGGAGAAGUACGACACUGGACACAAAUACAUGUUCGAUAAUGUUCAACAUGCCAAAGGACCUGGAGCCGACCGUGUUUCUGUAUUACCGGCUGACGAAUUUCUACCAGAACCACCGUCGGUAUGCGCGCAGCUUCGAUUCGGACCAGCUCAAGGGCAAGCACCGGAGCGCGUCGGACAUCAAGGGUGGCGACUGCGACCCGCUGGAUGUCCAGACCAUCAAUAAUGUGCGGAAGCCGAUUUUCCCGUGCGGCCUGAUUGCCAACUCGAUGUUCAACGACACGAUUUCCAAGCCGUUGCUGGUGUCGCCGAGCAACUCAGACUCGCCAAACGUGACCGCUGACCGCAAGCGGUUCAACCCGACCAGCUACAAGCCCGAGGAUGUGUAUCCACCGCCCAACUGGCGCGUGGGCGAACUGAAGGAUGGGUAUCCGAGCCAGAAGGUGAUGCAGGACCUGGCCAGCAACCAGCACCUCCAGGUGUGGAUGCGCACGGCCGGCCUCCCGACGUUCCGCAAGCUGUACAUGAAGAACACGAAGGACAUCAUGAAGAGCGGGUUCUACCAGAUUGACGUGGAGAUGAACUACGACACCCGGUCGUUUGGCGGUACAAAGUCAAUCGUGAUUUCGACCACGUCGUUUAUCGGUGGGCGCAACCCGGUGCUGGGCAUUGCCUUUAUUGCUGUCGGCGGUCUGUGCGUGCUCCUGGGGUGCAUCUUCACCAUCAGGCACAUCUACCGCCCCAGACGCCUCGGCGACCACACGUACCUGUCGUGGAACCAGCAGCAGCAGCAGGCUGGUGGCAGUAUGCGCCAGCGUUUCUAA